GCUCGCCAACACCCGGCAGUCUCUCAGCCGCUGCAGAAGGACGCCAGGCGCAAUCAAGAUGCACGUUCUGCUGCUGACCCUUGUGCUUGGUCUGGUUUGUGCAGACCAGGAACCUACAUCUGGGAACCAUCAGCCAUGGACGCUAGGAAUCAACUUAUUUGCGAUCUCAGGAGACUGGUACUCUGGGCUCAAAGCAGCGGAUGAUGUCAACAUGAUCCGUGAAAAUGGCCCUCUAAGGAUUUAUGUUCGUCGGCUUCAAUGUAGUGACAUCUGUGAAACAAUCAACGCUGAUUUUUAUAGCAAGGUGAAUGGGACAUGCCAAAGUCAUACACUGGCAUUAAGGAAAACAGAAAAUGGCAUAUACGAGGCCGACUUCCAGGGUAAAACCCAUCUCCAGGUGAGUUUUUCGCUGCGGGACAUCUUGAAAAUAUAUGGUGAUCAUACUACUGCAGACGGAAAGAAGACGGUGUUCACUGAGCUCCUUGUGAAAAGACGGGACAUCAGCAAAGAGGAAUAUGAGGAAUUCAAAGUCUUCACUGAGUCCAAGGGUAUUACAGCAGAAAACAUUCUAGAAGUCAUCAAAGAAGACACCUGUCCUCUGACCAUCGGUUAGUGGAUAAUGGCCCCAACGAUAUAAGCAUCAUCGUCCCAAUGAACAGACUCAUCGCCGUGAAGAGAAAAUCACCUUUUCUGUCAAGUCAUAAUUUCUUCUUUCCUAGGAAACCAUCUUGGCCUCCAAGCUUUCCCCCAGUCACCCUCUAAACGCUCUCUGUUACUAGAUUGCUAAGUGAUUGAAUAAACUGAUUUAUGCACA